AUGGUAGGGGCGUGGAGGCUGAAGAAUUCGGUGGAGACCCAUGAACUUAGCAAAAAUCUCUUUUUAUUCGGAUUUUCCACAAAACGAGAUCUGGAAAGCGUCUUAAGGAAUGGACCUUGGAGUUUUGACAGGAACCUCUUGGUUCUUAACCGGGUGUCGGGGGAGGAACAACCCUCAUAUUUGCACAUGCACUUUGGGGUUUUUUGGGUUCGGAUCUAUGAUCUCCCUCUCAUGUUGCGGUUAAAGGCGAUGGCUAAGAAACUUGGAGGGAUACUGGGGGAAUAUGAAGAUAUGGACCAGAAAGAAGCUCACAAAAAUGGAAGGUUCCUGCGCAUUAAAGUGAAGAUUGACCUAAAGCAGCCACUAAAACGUGGCACAAUGGUGUGUUUCAAGGAGAAGAACCUGAGGGUCCAUUAUAAAUAUGAAAGGCUACCAACAUUCUGCUUCAUCUGCGGCAGACUUGGGCACCAGAUGAAGGAUUGCGAAGCGGUGGAGGAUCUCAGUGAGGAAGGAUUCGAAGAGUUGGACGAACAAUAA